AUGAAAAAUGAAGAAGAACCGUUAGAGCGCCGUAAGACAGUUAAAGUAUUACAUGUGCAGACCAAAAAUCAAAGGGACUUCCAAGAUGUCAUUCAUAGAUUUUCGAAAAUAGAACGUUUGCAGCGGGUUACAGCCUAUCUAUUCCGAGCAGUAACUGUACAAAAAUAUCGCACCACUGGAGAGUUGAAGGCUGAAGAAGUACAGCGUGGAUUGAUGUACUGGAUAAAAAUCACUCAAGCUCUAGCGUUUGCAACUGAAAUUGCCCAAUUAAAAGUUGGAAAUAGUUUAAAUGAAAGCAAAUUACAAUCAUUAGUUCCAUUCAUCGAUGAAAAUGAUGUAUUAAGGGUUGGAGGCCGGCUACAAAAUUCAAAUGAGCCAUAUGACGCACGUCAUCCUAUUAUUCUGCCUUCUACAGCAUAUUUGGUAGAAUUAAUUGUGGACAAAGAACACAGACGGUUAAUCUAUGCCGGACCACAGCAAAUAGUUGCUAGUUUGCAAAGAAUGUUAUGGAUUCCGGGCUUACGCAGUGUUAUUCAAAAAAUAAUAUUUAAAUGCAAUCCAUGCUAUAGAUGGAAGGUACAGGCUUCCAAGCAACUAAUGGGAGCCCUUCCAGUUAAUCGAGCUAACCCAUCAUCAGUAUUUCAUGUCUGUGGUGUCGAUUACGCUGCAAGACGCGGGUGUCCAUUACACAUAUACUCCGAUAAUGGUCGAAAUUUCGUUGGAGCAUCGGCACAACUUAAGAACUUUCUCGGAUCAAGGGAAUUCAAACAAAGUAUCACCGCGUAUACAAGUCAAGCUGGAAUUGAUUGGUCAUUCAUUCCGCCACAUUCCCCUCAUAUGGGUGGACUAUGGGAGGCAGGAGUCAAAUCUAUGAAAUAUCUUCUACGAAGAAGUUUAGGGGAGUCUAUAUUGAAUCAUCAGGAAGCAAAAACGGUGCUAGCGCAGAUCGAAGCGGUGUUAAAUUCAAGACCCUUAACUCCAGCAUCAACACAUCUUAGUGACAUGGAAGCACUGACACCGGGUCACUUCAUAAUAGGAAAACCUUUAACUGCAUUGCCGGAACCAAAUCAUCUAGACGUAAAAAGUCCACGCCUUCGUUGGCACAUGUCAUUACAAGUACGCCACAAAUGGACUCAACCCGAAGAGAAUUUAAAAGUUGGUGAUUUGGUAUUGAUCAGAGAAGAUUACGAAAGGCCACUAGCAUGGAGUCGGGGAAGAAUUCUGCUUUUACACACGGGAACUGAUGGUCUCGUGCGCGUUGCUACGGUGAAAACAGCGAAUGGAGAAAUGAAGCGGCCAAUACACAAACUUUGA